AUGGGCGGCUCUCGCGAUGCGGAAUCCCACACGGACUAUCAGCCUCUUCCGGGCGGUGAAUUCGACGACAUCGGCGGGAUGCGUCAGCCGGACUUCUCGCAGGACGGCGGCUCAGGCGUGACGCACACGAACGCGCAGAAUCACGGCGGCAAUCUCAUCGCGACGUGCCCCAAGUGCGCGUCCCAGCUGCUCAUCCCGCCCGGCGUGCCGACGGUGGCGUGCGGCUCCUGCGGGCAGGCCAUCUCCCCGGUCGUCUCCGGUGGGAACGGAGCCCCCGCGCAGCCGCCCGGGGCCCAACCCUUCACGAGGAUGGUCAAAUGCCCGCUCUGCGCCGCGGUGCUGCAGCAACCUCCCGGUGCGUCGCUGGCCGUGUGCGGGGGAUGCCACCAGGUCAUCGCGAUGCCGGGGGAUAACGACGGGGGGAACGCGCAACCGCACGCGAGCUCGGGGGUUGGUGUGGCAGACGCGUCGGGAGAGGCGGGCAUGCCGCCCAUCAUCGCGUGCCCGUCGUGCCAGAUGAGGCUGCAACCUCCGCCGGGUGCGCCGCUGGUGGCGUGCGGUGGGUGCAGGCAGGUCAUGCAGGUGCCCGGCGUCGCGCAGUCGUGACGAGAUGACGAAUCACCCCCAAUCCCCCGCGCGCGACGACGU